AUGGAUGUACCACAGAAAACGGAUGUACCACGGAAAACGGAUAUGUACCACGGAGAACGGAUGUACCACAGAGAACAGAUAUGUACCACGGAGAACAGCUAUGUACCACGGAGAACAGAUAUGUACCACGGAGAACAGAUAUGUACCAUGGAGAACGGAUGUACCACGGAGAACAGAUGUACCACAGAGAACAGAUAUGUGCCAUGGAGAACAGAUAUGUACGACGGAGAACGGAUGUACCACGGAGAACAGAUGUACCACAGAGAACAGAUAUGUGCCAUGGAGAACAGAUAUGUACCACGGAGAACAGAUAUGUACCACGGAGAACGGAUGUACCAUGGAGAACAGAUAUGUACCAUGGAGAAUAGAGACACAAAUAAGUGGAACACUGGAGCUGCGGGGGUCAUAAUGACUGCAGCUUCCUUGACCUUCUGGAAAGCAGAGCAGUGGAGCCUCGGCCAGCCGCCCUCGGAGUCGGACGAGGCCCUGACGCGGGAAGCGGAAAGGAAGCGUGGGGGGAAGGGGACGCGCAGGGCGCCGAGGACGCGCGGCCACCCCGGGGCUGCGGAGGAGCCCGGCUGCCAGCAGGUGCUCACGUUCCCGUGCUCGCUGUGCCGGGAGGAGCUGCAGCCGGCCGGCUGCUUCCUGCACAAGAGGGAGCACGGCGCGCUGGGCGUCCUGGGCCUCCGGGGCCUGGGCCGCGAGAGGCCGCGGCCGUCGGCGGUGCUGGCGCAGCGGCAGCGCGCGGUGUCCCGGCUGCUGGCGUCCUUCCCGCUCACCGAGCCCGGCCGGCGGAGCACCGAGCCCGCCCUGAGGAGCAUCGACGCCGCCUUCGAGCUGCUCCGGAGGACGCAGGGCCCCGCCUGGCGCAGGGUCUUCGGCACCGGGGACCCGACGCCCCCCUUCUCCCCCGGCGUCCGCCACCCGCUGGUGAAGGGCGCGGCCGUGUGCGGGAGCGCGCGCUCCACCCGGAAAGCGGGCACGAGCCACACGUUCGCGGUCGCCGGCGACUUCGGCCAGAAGCCCGACGUGUGCUUCCUCGGCCUGUUCGACGGCCACCGCGGCCGCGCGGCUGCAGACCUGGUGUCCCGGGAGCUGCCCACGCUGCUGCUGCACCAGCUGUCGGCGCUCGACGCCUCCUUCCGCCUGACGGCCGAGCAGCGGCGGCUGGUCCGGGCCUUCCGCACGGUGUUCCGGGAGGACUACGAGGCCCUGGAGGACGCCUUCUCCCGAGCCCGCCGGCCCGGAGCGCACGGGCGGGCGCACGAGGACGUGCACAGGGCCUUCGCCAAGGCCUUCUGGAGAAUGGACCGGCUCCUGCGCCUGGGGCGCGACGAGGUCUCCAGGGUCCGGUGGAGCGGGUGCUCCGCAGUCGCCUGCAUCUUGGAAGGCGGCGUUGCACAUCCGUGUGGUUGUGAGGAGCGGACAGGAAACGGUGCCCAGGACAUCGACCCUCCGCGGUGCACGUCAGAGAUAGUCUCCGGGGUGCUACACGUCGCCAACGUGGGUAAUGUGCAAGCAGUCUUAUGCAGAAAUGGAAAAGGGUUCUGCCUAACCAAAGAACACACCACACGAAACAGCGAGGAGAGAAGAAGAGUCCUUCAGAGCGGAGCUGUCAUCACUUCCACCGAGACCUAUGGGCUCCUAGAAGGGCACAACAUAACCACUAGAGGCCUUGGGUUCCAUGGAAACCUUAGGCUGAAGAAGUUCAUUAUCCCAGCACCUCAGACCAUCUCCGUCCCUAUAGACGACCUGUGUCAGUUUCUCAUCUUGGCCACAAAUGGACUCUGGGAAGUUUUGGAUAAGGAGGAGGCCACUGCACUAGUGAUAACCCUGUUUCAAGUCUAUAAAGACGCAUGUGCUUCUGACAUGGACAACAAGUCUCUGUCAUCUGAAGAGCCCUGUUCUCCGUCAGAUAGUAACAUCCAUGUACUGUUCCAGUACAAACAAUCUGAAGAACGCACGUCAGCUAUGGAGAUAACGAAAAAGGUACCUGAGUCAGUACAUGUAGAGAGGCUUCCUCCAGAAGUGACUAGCAACCCUGGUGACAAGAGAGACACCAACAGAUUCUCCAGGAUAGAUGGUGCUCAAGGCAGCGAGAAUGUGCCACGUGCUGUUGUACAAUGCGCCAAGAGCUUCUAUGAAGGUGUGUCAGAGUACGUCAGCCGGGCGCUUGUGAAUGCAGCCCUAGAAGGUGGCUCCAGAGACAACAUCACGGUCAUGGUGGUGUUUCUCAGUGGCAGUGAGUACCAGUUGCUGACAUGAAAAAUAAAGUCCCAGUGAUCCAGAACAGCAAGGACAAACAACAGGUCCGGGACACAUCUUCCAUGAAGCAGGUUCUAGGAUGCUAAGUGGCUACUGUGUGCAUCAUUUUUGAAAAUGUCAAGACAGCAGAAGUAGGUUAGCUAUCAGUAAGUUAAGCUCACUGCUGUACGUCAGAGAAGAGAAACUCGGUGUAGCUUUUUAGACCACUUUAUUCCAACCUGAGCACCUCAAUAUAAAACUAAACACUGGUGAACUGUUUUCCUUACCAAUUCUGAGUUACUGUAAAAUGUACAAGUUCUGCUAGCAGUUCAACACUUAAAUAGAUUAAAUCAUCUGACACAUGGUAGAUUUCAUAUAAUGAAAAUACCUAAAAUAAUUAGUGCAAUAUACUGAAUUGAUCAAAAUAAAAUGGACUUUGAAAAACAAGGCUGCAAGGUUGUUACUAACAUUGUAAUACUUAUGUUACAAUCACAGGUACACCGUUUAUUAAGGUUCUAGCCUGUAGGAACAACUGAAGCCCCUUUCUCUCACAGGGGGAAAGAAAUAAUUAGCUGUUUUAGUAACUGUACAUUUUGUAUACUUUUAAGCAGCUCUUAAAUAUUACAGAAAAAAAUAAACAUAUGGAGACUACAAUGCAGUACCCUAUUUACAGUACAGCUGAGGAUCAUAUUUAAAAUAAUCAAGUUUGAAUGUACAUAAUUGUUAGUGCACUGACUAUACCAUGUCCAAAGAGAACAAGAGCCCCUCCCUGCCCCAAACAAAAGACCUAUACGUAAUGGCCAACAGUGAUUAAACAGAAAUUACAGACACCUGGGUUGGUUUCAGUUUCGUUGAAGAGCUCACAAGGAAGGGAACACCAUUCAAUAAAAUUCAUUUAGCAGUUUUUAUAUUUGUAAAACAUGACAGGGUUACGUUUGACUUUUUUUAAACCCCA